AUGAAAAACAGCUACAAACUCACCUCCUCCGACGCCCCAAAAGCCUGUCGGAAAAGGCUUAACCACAUCCGAGCCAAGGCUAAGCAUGAUGAGAAUCUCUCUGAUUCCCUUGAACACCUGUGGACGCCUGACACCACAAGCCCUUUAAAGAAAGUCAGGGGACGCAAACAGAUUGCCCCUAGAUCCCUAGAACCAUCAGCUUCAGCAUCUUCACAGGAUGAGUUCAAUGGGAGAAAGAAGAUGGGGACGGUGGAAAGGAAGAGCAGCAGGAGAGUUCCUAAAAAGUUACAUACAAGCGAUACAAGGAAUUAAUCCACGUCUUCUGAGGAGGAUCUUGUGAGGAGAACCAGAGGAACACGUAAAAAACAGAAGCAGAGCUCAUGCACUAAGUCCCCAUCACCUCCAAAGCCUUCGCCUAAAUUGACAAAAUCCCUCAAGAAAAAACCCAAAGCAAAAGAAGGCAAAGCGCCACAUCUACCAGAGCAAGACGAAGACGAGUGGACAGAGGCCGAGCUUAUGAAACUUCAAAAGGCUGUGUCCUACAUGUCAGGGUACUGGGAAAAGGUGGCGAGAAUGGUUGGGACAAGUUCGCAGCACACAUGGCAGGGAACCUCCCAGACUCCUGAGAAGACAGCCAGGAAACAGACGGGAGGAAAGAAGAAGGAGAAAGUGAAAGCAACAGAAGAUCCAGUUACAGAUCCUCCUUUGAUAUCUGCCGGAUUGGGAACCUUUAAAACGAAGCAGCAAGUGCGUCAGUUCCUCGAGGUCAUGCCCAGAGAAGAUGUUGAGGACGCCUUCAGCUCCGAGUACAUGCAGAGGAAACGUUUUGAGCUUCCCUCCAUGUGUCAGAGUGAAGAAGACUUCAAUCUGUCAGAGAUGGAGCCACUGAGCCCCACCUCGACAGUUUUCCCAGAAGUAAAGACUCCUCAAGGUUUGCAUAUCACUCCUGGCAUGAUAGGCUCUCUAAACAGGACCAAUAACGAAAAGUACGUCCAUAAACUCCAGAAGAGGAUGAAGAGGAAUCAGUUUCAGGUCUGCAAACAGGCUCCUUCCUCAAAGACCUUCACACCGACAGCAUCAGUUAAACAAGCAAUGAGAAGAGGUGCUAACACAGAAAAUGACAGCGUUGUCGUUUGGGAGAUGUUUCCUGAAAAAGAUGCCGUGCUGUCUGAAAGCAGAGAGGAAGAGGAUUUCUACUUCUCAGACAAUGCCUGAUUGCAGCUGAAACUGAUCUAGUUCCUAUUACUUAAAAUCAAUCGAUUACACUGGAGAUGUGACCAUUGUCCCGUCUUACACAUGUAAGAGUUGAAUCAUUAUUGUUUUGUAUUUAAUUUAAC